GUUUGCUGUUUGCUGUUGACGGCUGUACUGCGUUUGAGCUCCGUCACUAUAUUCUUUUCAUUGACUAUUUUUAACUUAAAAAUCAAUUUUAUACAUCAUUGUUUCCGUUUAUAUAACGCGUGAAUAUAUCCUCUAUUGUAUUCUACAACAAAAACAAUCAGAGCGCCUCGCUAUCACUAGUUUUAUUUUGAUCUCCCGGGUCCGCUAUUAGCGUUUAGCCAGUUAGCAUCAGCAAGCGUGUUUGCUGCUAACUGCGCUUACAUUGCUAAUACUCUAUUCUCACACAUUACCACUGCUGUACUCACUGUUACUUGCUUUAAUGGCGGAUGAAUGUCUCCACUCUGUGCAGCUCGAGCUCGAGGCCGUGGGGAAGCAGAUUCGCGACCUGGAACAGAGGCAGGCCAAGCUGAGAGAGCGGAGAGCCGCGCUGGAAUCAUCCCGGGCUGACGCUCACAAGUCCGGGGUAAGUAUACAGCGUGCUGUUAACGGUCCCACCACGUCUACUCCGUGUGUUUCUCUGCGCAGGCCCGGUGCACCCAGGACGCGAUCUUCCCAGAUGUCCUUCACUGCGACGCCGGGACACCACGGACCCUGGGUGCAUCCACAGCGGAGGACGCGAGCCGGGUCCCGGGCGACUACUUCUCCCCCUCCUGCCUUCGAGCUCUCCAUCCAGAACCGCUUCGCUCCCCUCCGCGAGACAGGACGCGACGCUGUGAUCAUCGGAGACUCCAUCGUCCGACACAUACCCGCGAUCCUGAAGGACGGCGAGAGCCCCAGAGCGGUCGUGCUUCACGCCGGGGUUAACGACACCACGCUGCGGCAGACGGAGACGCUGAAGAGGGACUUCAGGAGCCUGAUCGAGACGGUUCGCAGCACGACGCCCGCGGCGACGAUCGUCGUGUCAGGACCACUGCCCACGUAUCGACGAGGACACGAAAGGUUCAGUAGACUUUUUGCUUUAAAUGAAUGGUUGUUGUCAUGGUGUAAAGAACAGAAACUGCUAUUUGUUAAUAACUGGAAUCUUUUCUGGGAGCGUCCUAGACUGUUUCGCGCUGAUGGAUUACACCCCAGCAGAAUUGGAGCGGAGCUUCUCUCUGACAACAUCUCCAGGACACUUCGCUCCAUGUGACUAGU